AUGUAACCUGCUUUGACAACAUAACCAUUUGAGCUAAAAUUUGUAUGUCAAGUUGCUAUUAAAAAUUUUUACUUCAAACUAUUGAUAUAUUAUUUAGUGUUGAAGAUUGUUGUAGAAUAGAGACAAAUCAAGGUUUAAAAAUAUCAAAUUCAUAAUUAAAUAAAGUCUUAAAAUUCAAAAUUAAAUUGCCAGGGUUUUAAAAAUCUGAAUA